ACGAGGGGAAAAUGCCACGCAAGAUAGAAGUCUUCUUAUUACUUCUCUUUGGCUAUGAAGCCACACUGGGAUUAUCGUCUACAGAGGACGAGGGCGAGGAAUCCUGGUACCACAAAGUGUGCAAGUGCGAUUGCCAAGGAGGAGCCAGCACUCCGUGGUCGGCAGGCGCCACCACCCUAGACUGCAUACCAGAAUGCCCCUAUCACAAGCCUCUGGGUUUUGAGUCAGGGGAGGUCACACCAGACCAGAUCACCUGCUCCAACCCGGAGCAGUACAUGGGCUGGUAUUCCUCAUGGACUGCAAACAAGGCCCGGCUCAACAGUCAAGGCUUUGGGUGUGCCUGGCUCUCCAAGUUCCAGGACAGCAGCCAGUGGUUACAGAUAGAUCUGAAGGAGAUCAAGGUGAUUUCGGGGAUCCUCACCCAGGGGCGCUGUGACAUCGAUGAGUGGAUGACCAAGUACAGUGUGCAGUACAGGACUGAUGAGCGCCUGAACUGGAUUUACUAUAAGGACCAGACUGGAAACAAUCGAGUCUUCUAUGGAAACUCGGAUCGAACUUCCACAGUCCAGAACCUUCUGCGGCCCCCGAUCAUCUCCCGCUUCAUCCGCCUGAUCCCACUGGGCUGGCAUGUGCGCAUCGCCAUCCGGAUGGAGCUGCUGGAGUGUGUCAGCAAGUGCACCUGA